GGUUUCGCCACGUGUCCCGACCAUGUCGCUCACACGUUCGUAUUUCUCUAUUACAAAAAAAAGGAAACGAAUCAAAAUGUUUUUUGAUCGUAACCGGGAAAAAAAAAACGAUUUUUCGCAACGAAACUUUCCACAAUCAACGGAUAUAGAGAGAGAUCUCUGCGAAUCGUUUAAAUCGUCUUCUAAUUUCGUUUCGGUCUCUUCGUAAAGGAUUCACCUUUGAGUGGUUUUGCGUUCCAUUUUAUUAGGUACGUCAAGCUCGAAACUUUCGAUUCAUUGGCUUUCGUAAAUGUGAUUAAUCUGGGAAUUGAGUUGAAUUUAGAGAACCCUAUUGCUUCAUUUUUGUUUUCGUAUUUUGGUUUUAUUGAAUUUGCCUCUGGUUCUUACUGGAAUGGUGGUUGUUUAGUCUUGAGAUUGAUCCCAUGUGAAAAGUUAGUAUUUUUGUGGCGUCGUCAUGGAUUUGGAGAGUGAAAGCUCUGUUCUUGAAUCUGUUGAAGAUAAUAAUGGUUUGAUUGGUGAUCUUGAUAAAGAGUUGAAUUCACCGGUUGAGACUUCUCCUCUUAUAUCAAAAGGAUUUGGUUUAAGAAAAUGGAAGAGGAGGUUAAGGAGAGAUCUUGUUAAGGAUGAUACUUCUGUGAGUAUGGAGAAUAGUAAAGCUCUGAAGAGGGUGUUGUCAGGAUUAGUUGAUCCGAAUGCUAAACAAAUGCAUUUGCCAGGACCUGAAGUUAGACAAGAUAGUGUUGGUUCUGUUGGCUCGGUGAAUAGUGUGGUUGGUUUUGUAAUGGGUGGGGAGAGUUAUGGCAAUGGUCUUGCUUUUGCAGCUGGUGUUGAUUCGGAUAACAGUGAGGAUCGGAGUAGUACAAUGAGUCAUUCUUGGGACAAACAUAGAGGAAAGGUCUCGGGUGGGAAGAGUGUGAUUAGUUCGGGGGAUAGUAGUCAACAAAGGAAGAGUAGUGUAGAGAAGAGUAAUAAACUUAGAGGAGAAAGGAUCAAAAUUGAGAAGGAAAACUCUCAUUCCAGCAUGGAAUCUGCUGACUCAAGAAGCUCCAACUUUGUGUUUAUGCAGGGUGCUUCCUAUAGUUUGAGUAGCAGAGAACAAGGCGGAAGAAGAAUGAUGGAUUAUGACGAUGAAAAUAGUGAUCAUGACGCACAUACUUCGAAGAGAAAGGAUAACGUGGAAGAAGAAGAAGAAGAAACAGAAGACUAUUCACAAGGAGACUGUGUUGAAGAGUCUCAAAUCAAGAGCAAUGGUUCAUCAGACAAUCUGGAUCCAUUAAUAGUAGCCGUCAACAGUUUCCAGACUUUGCAAGAAGCCCUCCAAAAAGAACUUCAAAAAUUCCAAGAGCUUGGGAAAGAAGAACCUAUAACAUCACUGCAUGAUGGAGGAGAAAGCAGCAGUUGCAUACACGCAGGACACGAAGGAGCUAGUGAAGCAAGCUCUUCUUACCGGUUUGGGUCUGAAAAGAUGGGAGAAAUGGAAUUAACUUCUCUAGAUUCCGAGAUACUAAACCUGGUGAACAAUGUAGAGCAUCUGGAGAUCAAACUAGAAGAAGCAAAGCGUAUUCUCGAGGUUAAAGAAACACAAAUCCGUGAACUCGAAUCUACCAUAAACGUUUCAGAGACGUGUAACGGAGGAACAGAGAUCGGGAUAGAAGACAUCUUCCAGCAAAAGGUGGAGGCAGAGAUUGAAUAUAUCAUAUUCUCAAGAUCAGUGGGAAACCUAAAGAGACGGAUCAAACUGAUUGAAGAAGAGAAGACAUUGGGGCUAUCAAAGCUUGAUAAAGCAGAAACAAAAGCUGAGAAUCUAAAGAAUCAAGCUCAAGAUUUACAAAACCAUUGUGUAGAGAUCACAGAGAUUCAAGAAGUGGAGUGCCUGAAGAAGAGAGCAUUUAAGACCACUAGAUGUCUUCUUCUACAGUUAGGCUUGCUCUUUAUACUGUAUUAUUCUCUGUUACCAGAACCGGAGAUUGCUGUUCCCACAUGAUAGUUUUGUUUGAUGGAAUCUGUUUUUAUCUAUAUUUAUACAAGUUUUGUAUUUAUAUAUAUUGUAACAUUUUGGCUCCAAUAGACCCAACUCUUCUUUGCUUUCUACUUUGUGUUUCUGCGUGCUGCAUUGUCAUGACGUCAGUGUGUAUGUAUAAAAUUGUUGCCUCUUUGUCAACUUUGCCAUCAUUUUCCAUAA